UGAUUAUUUUUGCAACUAAGGAGCAACUACUGAAAGCAUGACAAUUUGGAAUCAUACAAGUGAGAAGGAAUUCAUAUUCAAAGGCUUAACUGAAAAUCCUAAUUGGCAGGUUCCACUCUUUUUGCUUUUCAGCUUAAUUUAUUUCAUCACUCUUGUGGGUAAUUGGGGGAUGAUCAUCUUGAUAUGGCUGGACACACAACUUCAUACCCCAAUGUAUUUCUUCCUUAGUAACCUCUCUUUCUGUGAUGUCUGCUACUCUACUGUCAUUGCUCUGAAGAUGCUGGUCAAUUUCCUCUCAGAACACAAGUCUAGCACAUUCUAUGCCUGUAUUCUGCAGAGUUUCUUUUUUGCGGUAUAAACUACAGAAGUCAUCCUCCUGUCUAUGAUGGCUUAUGAUCACUAUGUGGCUAUUGCAAACCCCUUAAUGUAUACAGUUAUUAUGACCCACAGCCUUUGUACUCAGAUGGUUCUUGCAUGUUACUUGGGCGGCCUCAUUAAUUCCCUGGUUCACACAAUAGGCUUACUCAAAUUAGACUUCUGUGGUCCAAACAUUGUGAAUCACUUCUUCUGUGACGUCCCUCCUCUUCUGAAGCUUUCAUGCUCUGAUGCACACAUCAAUGAGAUGCUGCUUUUGGUCUUCUCUGGAGUGAUUGCUAUUUGCACUUUCAUCAUCAUUAUGGUGUCCUAUAUACACAUUAUCAUUGCAAUCCUGAAAAUCCGCUCAGCGGAGGGGAGGCGCAAAGCCUUCUCCACUUGUGCCUCACACCUGACAGCUGUGACGUUAUUUUAUGGGUCUUUGACUUUUAACUAUAUCCAGCCGAGCUCUCAGUACUCCAUGGAACAGGAAAAGGUCUCUGCUGUGUUUUAUACCUUGGUGAUCCCCAUGCUGAACCUGUUGAUUUACAGCCUGGGAAACAAGGAUGUGAAGGAAGCAGCCAAGAUAUUGAUUUGUAGGAAGAACAUUGUGUCUUGA